UUAUUUAUUUUCAAGUGUAUAACACACCUUAGCCAAAGAGUAUAGUGUUUCAUGCCCCAAAUUUUCCCUGAAAGGAGAAAAGAAAGAUGGUAAUUGGAGAGUCAUGGGCUCAAAUAGGAUCAACCAUUGCUGGUUUGAUGUUUGCGUUAGCUACAUUACAACAGUUUUUCCCUCUCCAACUUCGAGUCACUCUUGAACAGUUUGUUUUAGCCACCCUUCAGCAGUUUUCUUUUGUCCAAAAGUUUUGUGAUAAGUUGGUUAGUUUUUUCUUACCAUAUAUCACGAUCACAUUUCCUGAAUACUCUGGUUACUGGAGCAACCAAGGUUACACUGCCAUUGAAACAUAUGUUGGGGCCAGAUCAACCACCGAAGCUUCACAUCUCAAAGGGAGCCUGAUCAGAAAUAGUAAGGCUCUUGUCCUGACAUAUGACAGGAAGGUCUCGGAUGAAUUUGAUGGGGUCAAGGUCUGGUGGGUUUCAGGCCCUUCCACUUCUACUAGCUCCGAGGACAAGUAUUACCAGCUCAUCUUCCAUAGACGCCACAGUGAUUUGAUCACAGGGCCAUACCUGGAUUAUGUUCUGGAAGAAGGCAAGGCGAUCGAGGCCAGGAAUAAGCAGAGAAGGCUUUACACCAACAAUCCUAGUGAGAACUGGAGUUCUUACAAGAAGAACUUGUGGAGUGACAUAGCUUUUGAGAACCCAGCAACAUUUCAGACAUUAGCAAUGGAUCCUAAGAAGAAGGAAGAAAUCAUCAAUGACCUGGUGACAUUUAGUAAAGGAAAAGAUUAUUAUACCAAGCUUGGAAAGCCUUGGAAACGAGGGCAUCUCCUCUAUGAUCCACCUGGAACCGGUAAGUCCACCAUGAUUGCUGCCGUGGCUAAUCUUUUGAAUUAUGAUAUCUAUGAUCUUGAGUUGACAACAGUUAAAAACAACACUGAGCUCAGGAAGCUAUUGACUGAAACAUCAAGUAAGUCUAUAAUUGUGAUUGAGGAUAUAGAUUGCUCCCUGGAUGUAACUGGUCAGAGAAACAAGGAAAGAGCAAAAAGCAGUGAAAAUUUGGGGCAUGAUCUGAAUUGUAAAAGAGAGAAGGAAUCUGAAAAUGAAAAGACCAGUAAAGUUACACUUUCUGGACUAUUGAAUUUUAUUGAUGGUACUUGGUCAGCUUGUGGAACUGGCAGGAUCUUAAUGUUCACUACUAAUCAUGUAAACAAGCUUGAUCCAGCUCUAAUUCGCCGAGGGCGAAUGGAUUUGCACAUUGAGCUAUCAUAUUGCAGUUUUGAAGCAUUCAAGACACUAGCCAAGAAUUACUUGGAUCUUGAUUCACAUGACUUGUUUGAAAACAUUGGCAUUUUGUUGAAGGAAACAGACAUGACUCCAGCUGAUGUUCCAGAGAACUUGAUGCCAAAGCGUGAGAAGAAAGAUCCAAAUUCUUGUUUAGAGAGCCUGAUUCAAGCUCUUGAGGUGCCAAAGAAAAUAAAAAGUUGA